AUUUAAAACCUCUUACUUCCAACAAAAUGAGAAAAUCGAUAAAAAUUCAAAAUAGAGAGAUGAGAGAGAGAGUUAGUGAGAGAGGGAGAAGGGAUCUCGGCGGACAUCGUUCACGGGCAGGACAGCCGGCACUGAACUGGGAGCAAGAUGGAUCUCGGCACAGCAUCUAUCAGAGGAACAGGGGUAAGGUGGAAGAGAGGAAAGUGCAGCUUAACCAGAACCAAGGUCGGAAAAUGCAGAAGGACGGGCCAUACAAUUGGGGCCUCUAUAAACAAGCUACUUCAUAUUUCUUCACCAAUUAUCCGGAUGAUUGGAGCCAUGAUGAGAUGUGGAGAACAUUUUUAAGGCAUGGCAGGGUCUAUGACAUUUAUGCACCAAACAGAAAAAGCAAGAAUGGGAGCAGACCAAGGUAUGAUGAGGAGAAGAAGGAAGUAGGAGAGAAAAAAAGCAGGAGAGAAGCGAAGACAGUUAUUCAAAACAAAAGCUUUGCGGAGGUGGUGAAAGGAAUACAAAGAAGCAAUACUGAAGAGGAACAGAGCAAACAGAGGGAGGAUGGUCGAAGUAGACACCGAAGAACAGAGUUUGAAGAGAAAAAUGGUUUAAGGCAAGAUGAUCUGGAGAAAUGCAGAGGUAAAAACAGACAGGGCAGUUGGCAACGGGCAACCAGGAGAGUAUGGAAAGAAAAGGGAACGGGGAUCAAUUGGGCAGGCAUGGAAUAUAAUGUCAAACCGGAGGAGUAUAAAUGGCUUGACGGUUGUUACGUCGGAAGAGUGCACUCAGUAGAGAUGGUUCGUAAUUUGCAAGAAAAAUUCUGCAUGGAAGGGUAUUUUUCUUGUCAAAUUCGGGCAAUGGGAGGCAAAAUGGUUCUACUAUUAGGGGAAGAUAAAGAGGAAGUGAAGGACCUGGUUGAAAUGGCAUCAGAUUGGCUGAGGCAAUGGUGUCAAGGGGUUCCACUGAACGCCUGGGAAACUGAUUUCUUUUCAACCAUGAGCUGUUCAUGGGGAAAAUUUAUCUGCUUGGAUGAUAGCACAAGCAAAAAAAAAAGGUUUGACAUUGCAAGGUUUCUGAUCUCUACUCCAAUCAUGGAGACAAUCACAGUCACAAGACAAGUUAAAAUUAAUGGAGAUAUUUACCAAGUGAAGUUUACAAAGGAAGAAUUCACCAACAACUUCUUUUCUCUAAAAGAAGACUUUAUGCCAUCAUUUAGCAAUGAAUCAGAGGACCGGGAAACAUGGUCUAUGGGUAGUGAUUCGGAGAUUCAGGCCUCAAAUAAUGGAUGGAUCAAGGAGGAUGCUCAAACCGUGGAUCCAGGGGUAGAAGAUGAUGACGUCUCUGUACGCAAGAAAGAGAAAGGAAAAAGACAAGCAGAAGAUGUCACGGUCUGGCGUGGAACCAAAAAGACAAGAGCUGCAGGGAUCGGUUCCAGAAAGUAUAGAAGAUGUUAUAAGGGAAGUGGGUCACGAGAGGAGGCCCAAUAUGCAACUGGAGCAAAAGGAUGCAACAAAGAAGAAGAAGAAGACUUGUUCUGGAGGGGCUAUGAAGCUGAGGGAGGACGCAUAGAUGAGUGGAUCGGCAGCCAAAUAGGGGUCUGUAAAUCAAAAAAGGAAAGAAGGAGGGUCAGAUGGUGUAGCUCAGUGUACAAAGAAUCAGAUACCAGGGACGUGGUAGAGACAAGUAGAAAAGAAAGGAGGAAGCAAUGCUCACAACAGAGGGAAGGAAAACCAAUACCAACUUUCAUGCCGAAUUUGAAUGGAAAAAUAGCUGGAGAUUUAAUAGGAGACAGCGACAUACAGAAUUGCAACAAAAUUCUCAAAAAACAACGGCAAGCACAGUUGGCGAAGGAGAUUUGGGAUCUGGCGACGCAGCUCGGAGCAGUUGUAGAAGAUGAUAUUGAGGUGAUUCAGAGAAUUGAGGAAAUGGAGGAUAGAGACAGAAGAGCAAAAACAACUGGGGAGAACCGAGAAGAGGAAGAUAAUAGGAAGGUAGAGGAUUUGGAUUGGGUUGCAAAGGCGUCUAUUGGUAAAUCAGGUGGAUUGCUCUGUGUUUGGGACCCGAGAGUACUGAAGAGGAAGGAGACAAUAGAGGGGGAUUUUAAUGCUGUGAGAAGGGUUAAUGAAAGAGCAGGGUGCAACAUGACAUCUUCUGAAAUGAGAGAAUUCGAUGAUUUUAUUCAUAAUUCUAAAUUGAUUGACUUGCCUUUAGUGGGGAGAAAAUAUACUUGGUAUAGCUCAAAUGGUCAAUACAUGAGUAGAAUUGAUAGAUUUUUAUUAUCAGAGGAAUGGAUGACAAAAUGGAGCAAUGUGAAACAGUGGGGAAUGAAGAGGUCUGUAUCGGAUCACUGCCCAAUUUUGCUGAAAAAUGAGCUGGUUGAUUGGGGGCCAAAACCAUUUAAAUUUUAUGAUGCUUGGUUGGAACAUCCAGGAUGCAAGGAGACGAUUUCAAAUGUGUGGAAUAGUAGUGAAGUGAAAGGGUGGAGUGGAUUUAAGAUUAAGGAGAAGCUGAAACAAACAAAGAUUGCUCUAAAGAAGUGGAGCAGUAAUAUGAUUAUGGAGGUGGACAGCCAAAUAAAGGAAGCUGAAGAUACAAUUGCUAGAAUUGAUGAGAAAAGUGAGCAGAAUCAACUAUCAGACAGUGAUAUUGAAAUUAGGAGAAAGAGUUUUAUUGUUUUGUGGAAAAAUCUAAGAAUCAAGGAGAGGAUGUGGCAACAAAAAUCAAGGAAGCUAUGGUUAAAAGAAGGCGACGCCAACACAAAAUUUUUUCAUAGAUGUGUGAAAGGAAGAUGGAGAAGCAAUGAAGUGAAUAGCAUCCGGAUCAAUGGGGAGCAACAUACAGAAGUGGAGUCAAUAAAGCAAGAGACUGCUAAGUACUUCCAGAAUUUGUUUGCAGAAGAACAGUGGAGUAGACCAAAGCUGGAUGGGAUAAGCUUUAAAUUUGUAAAGACGAUGUGGGAGGUCAUAAAACCUGAUGUGGUUAACUUUGUACAGGAAUUCCAAGAACAUGGUAGGCUGGUCAAAGGGUCAAAUGCUUCUUUCAUUGUGCUAAUCCCGAAGACAGAAAAUCCCCAAGGAAUUGAGGAAUACAGACCCAUAUCGCUCAUUGGAAUUAUGUAUAAAAUCAUUGCAAAAUUACUAGCAAACCGGCUGCGAAAGGUGCUACCCAAGGUGAUCGGAGAACAGCAGAUGGCUUUCCUAGAGGGAAGACAACUAUCGGAAGGAGUAGUGAUUGCAAAUGAGGUUAUCGAUGAGGUCAAAAGGAAGAAGAUGAAGAGCUUUCUAUUUAAAGUCGACUUUGAGAAAGCUUAUGAUAAGGUAUGCUGGGAAUUCAUUGAGUACAUGAUGUUGAGGAUGGGAUUUAAUGCAACUUGGAGGAAAUGGAUACAGGAGUGCCUCAAAUCCAGCUCAGUAUCCAUUCUCAUCAAUGGUAGCCCGACGAAACAAUUCCCGGUUAGCAAAGGCAUCCGGCAAGGUGACCCGUUAUCUCCGUUUUUAUUCUUGAUUGUUGCGGAGGGGUUGAAUGGACUAGUGUCAGCAGCAGUGGAGAAAGGGCGGUAUAAAGGAGUUCCAAUUGGCAGCGGAAGCAUUAUGGUCUCACACCUACAAUUCGCGGAUGACACUAUCUUUUUCGGGGAGGCAAUAGAGGACAACAUCCGGAGUGGCAAAAUGGCUCAUAUACUGUAUUGCAAGGAAGGGGAGCUACCUUUUAAGUAUUUGGGAAUCCCAAUUGGUGGCAAUCAAAGAAGAAUAGCUAUGUGGCAGCCAUUGGUGGAGUCGGUUAAAAGGAAAUUAGCCUCAUGGAAGGGGAGACAUCUAUCAAUGGGAGGUCGCAUUACGCUAAUCAAUUCAGUGCUGUCAAGCUUGCCCGUGUUUUUGAUGUCAGUCUAUGUAAUCUCAAAAGGAGUGAGGGAUUUAUGGAAAUUCAACUUGGCAUUGAUGGGAAAAUGGUGGGGAAGACUGGCUGAAAAUGGGGAGGGCUUAUGGAAGAGAAUAAUUGUAGAGAAGUAUGGCAUGGGAGGGGGACAUUGGCAAGAUUGGAUCGCUGAUAAUAGUGCAGUAGGAUCAACAUGGUGGAGGGAUGUGAGAGUUAUCAACACAAUGGAUGGGGAGAAUAUUGGCUGGUUGAAAGAGGGUUUCAAGAUUAAUAUUGGGGAGGGGAAGAGUGUGAGUUUUUGGUGGGAUAAUUGGAGGGGGGAGGGUUGCCUUGCUAACAAAUUUCCUAGAUUAUAUUUAUUAUCAACAGGAAAAAAUAAUACAUGUAGCGAAAUGAGAAGCAGAAACAAUGGAGCAUGGGAAUGGAAUCUGCAGUGGAUGAGAAGUUUGUUUGAGUGGGAAGCGAAAGAGGCCAUGGAACUUCAGAGCUUGAUAAGAGACGUGAAGACCUCACAAGGAAUCCCGAAUAGUUGGGAAUGGAUUCAUGACAAAGAUGGCCAGUACACAUCAAAGUCAGCAUAUACACUUCUAACAAAAGAAGAAAGUGGAGUAAAUGAAAGCACCACAUUCACAAGAGUCUGGAAUUCCACCCUACCAAGCAAAGUUUCAGCUUUCAACUGGCAAUUACUUCAAGAUAGAAUUCCAACAAAAAAGAACCUGCUGAGAAGAGGGAUCAUUAAAGACACAGGAGAAAGUAAAUGCGGAAUAUGCAAUGAAGAAGAGGAAGACACAACGCACAUGUUUUUAAAAUGCAAGAUGGCUCGAUGGUUAUGGAAGGCUUGCGCAAAGUGGUGGGGGAUAAAAGUCACAUUACAAGAGGAUUUCCGGAACACCUUCCAGAAUUUUCAAAGAGAUCUGAAAGAGACAAGUUUAAGAGACGGAUGGGAUUGCCUUUGGAACUCCUUUGGUGUGGACGGUGUGGCUGGCCAGAAAUCAAAUGCUAUUUCAAGGCAAAAAGAUUGAUGCGGGAAAGUUAUUUGAGCUGAUCCAGUUGAGAUCCUUCUUUUGGGUUAAAGCAAAAAAUGACAGGUAUGCUUUUACCCUCUCAGAUUGGCUAAUUAACCCAGUAGAAUGUC